GCCGAGACGGCGCCGCUGCCGCGGCUGCCCGCGGCAGCCCGGCGGGGCGCGCGCGGCGCUGGGCAGGCAGCUACGGGUGGCCCGGCCUGCCCCGGGCGUGUGGCCCAGCCAUGAACAAGGUCAUGUCGGGCUACUUCGACGACGCCCACCGCGGCCUCAUGCGGCAGCAACAGCAGGGCGGCGGCGGCGGCACGUCCGCCUCGUCGUCCACCGUGCAGCUGCCGCCGCUGCGGGCCGAAGGGUCGUCGCAGAAGCUCGCCGGCAUCGGCGGCGCGGCCGAGGCGGAAGGAUAUCCAGGAGGCGGGGACAAGAUCAGCUUCCUGCAGCCCUCCCACUCCAUGGGGUCGCUCGACUUCUCGCAGGACCAGAUAUCCCGUGGUGUGCAACAGGAACGAUACCAGCAGUCGCUGCAGGACAACUCCAAGCUGUCAAAGAAGAUCCGAUCAUUGCAG